AUGAAGGGUCAUCUGAGGAACAAUUUGUACACUCUGGUGGGUAGCACAGUGACAGGUGGAGCUGCAACUAGUACUUGUUCAGAUAAAAAUAAAGAUGAUACUACUUUGUGGCAUAUGAGGCUGGGUCACAUGAGUGAGUAUGGUUUGCAAGAGCUGCACAAGCGAAACUUACUGGGAGGGAUAACCACUAGCAGAGAAAAGAGGAAUGUUAAGCCUCCAGUCAGGUAUAGGUUUGAGGACUUAGUUGCAUUUGUUCUGAUUACUAGUGGUGGAGAUCCUUCUAAUUUUCAAGAAGCAGUUCAGAGUUUUGAACUAGAUAGUUGGCUUGGAGCCAUGGUUGAGGAGAUGGAGUCUCUUUAUAAGAAUAACACUUGGAAUGCCAUGGUCUUCCAGAUCUAUGCAAUGCUGUCACGAGCAUUUGAUUCCUCAGUUGCAGCUGAAGAGCCUCCCUCUUACAAAGGAGUUGCCCUAGGGGGGAUUGGAACAGGGGCCUUGCAGAGCCUUUUGCUCACCCCUGUCGAACUAGUGAAAGUUCACCUUCAACGCGGAUUAACAAUCAUAGUCAUCAGAGAUUCUCCUGCUCAUGGGUUCUACUUCUGGACAUACGAAUACAUGAGAGAGCAGAUGCACCCGGGCUGUCGAAAGAGUGGUGAAGAGACCUUAAGAACAAUGCUGAUUGUAGGAGGGCUUGCAGGAGUUGCUAGUUGGGUUUCCUGCUAUCCUGUGGAUGUUAUAAAAACCAGGCUCCAAGCUCAGUCAAGAUCUUCCCCACCCAAAUACAGCAGCAUAUUCGACUGCCUGCGUAAGAGUGUGAGGGAGGAGGGUUACGGCGUGCCGUGGCGAGGAUUGCGGACAACUGUUUCUAGAGCAUUUGUAGUGAAUGGGGCUGUUUUCGUUGCUUAUGAGAUAACUUUAAAGUUCUUGGUGGAGUGGCCAGAAGUCUGUUGUGCUUCACAGAGUGAGGUGGUGCCGCAGGGCUCUGUUCGGGCGCUGCGAAGGAGCUGGUGGUUCGUGGAGCGGAGGGAGUCCGAGAGAGGCUGUGUGCUCGGGUUGACGGACUGCUGCUGCAGAGGCAGUGUUGUUGAUGAUAGUGGCUGGUUCGUUGAGGCAGUGGCUCACGGAUGCUGGUGAGGGUGCGGAGACGAUGCUGAGAGAGGAUGGAGCAGCUGGAGCAGAUGGGGAAUGAACGUUGCUAGGCGGAGGUGGUGGUUGCUAAGGAAUAGGGGAGUUCAAGGUGGGGGUUGCCGAGGGUGGCCUAGCGGCAUCGCUGCUCGGUGGUGCUCGUGGGGUGUUGUAGUUGGGUCUGGAGUAAGGGAGUGCAUGGUGGGGGUUUGUGUGAAUGAGUGUUCUGUGGUUUGUGUGUUUUAAUAUGUGUUAGACUCACGACUAUGAGUGGAGAGUGGUCGGAGGUUACCUGUAUUGGCCGUGAGGUGGUUGAACUUCUCUUGUGGCCGUGAGGUGCUGUAUUGGCUGUGAGAGUGGAAGGUGGUGAUGGCGAUGAUGGUGGUCGCGAGAGAUGGGAGGAUGAGAGUACUGGAAGAUGGAAAUUGGAUAGGAGUAAUGAAUGGCCGAGCUCAGGGAGUGGUCGUGAGAGCGAGACUGGAAAGGAGUCUGAGAUGGAGAAUGAAAUGUGAAUAGUGGACGCCACCCCCUCGCCCUGUGUGCGCUGAGGCUCUCUUUAUAGAGAGUUCAUUGGCGCCAGAAUGCUUCUUCCAAAUCGAUUGAUUAUUCUGUUCCUUUAUU